UUGUCAUCAUCCCAAGCGACUGCAUAAUACAACUUUCUAUAGAUUUGAAACAAUGGCAUCCACUCCUGUGAUUCAAGUACUUUCAAAGAACAAUUACGAGGACCAAUAUCUUGUCUCGCUUCCCAAUGCUUACCCCCUUCCGCCCUUGGGCCCGUCGUCGAUUCGAAUCAAGUCAAACAUUUUGUCCCUGACCACCAACAAUUGCUCGUAUGCACGGGAUGGACAUCUGCUCGGCUGGUGGGAUGUGCAUCCACUUCCGCCCUCCACCCCAGCUCGAUAUUCAGAUCCAACUAAGUUUGGUCGCAUCUCAGCUUGGGGAUACGCAGAAGUAAUUGAGAGCAAUGUUUCCGGUCUUCAAAUUGGAACACAGUUCUAUGGAUAUCUCCCAAUUGGCACACUACCGUUGGACAUGGAGGUCAAGCUCAACAAUGUCCCAGGGCAAUUCCUUGAGGUCAGCAAGUACCGAGAGAAACAGCUACCUAUUUACAAUCGAUACUUUUCUUACCUACCAACUUCCAAAGAACUUGAAGAUAAGGAAAGCCUGGGUUACGAUUCCCUAAUGUUGGUGCUGUUUCAGACGGGUUACAUGAUAAAUCGCUACGUCUUCGCAUGGGAACCCUCUGAGCUUGUGCAGCCCAGUGGAGAUCUAAGAGAUGGUUGGACAGUUCAGCACGGAGCACUCAGAGAAAAGUCGAUUGUUCUCGUUUUUUCAGCAAGUGGCAAAACAGCAUUGGGACUAGCGUACUGCCUAAAGCAUGGUCGUCCUGCUGGAGAAAAGCCUCGAAUGGUGAUCGGCGUAGGCUCUAACAAGUCCAAGCCUUUCACUGAAGGCACAGGUCUCUACGACAAAGUUCUCACAUACGAUGCCGAUUCCGGUGACCUUGGACAACAUCUCGGCUUGAAACCAGAUAACAAGAUCGCUGUGAUUGACUUUGGAUCAAGAGAUGCAGCUGGUGACAGGUGGGCAGUGAAGCUACGGAAGACCUACAACGAUGUUGUCCAGCUCCAAGUUGCAGGAGAAUUCAAGACCCAGACACCGGAAGAGGCAACAGCAGGAUUUCUUGCAAGGAUGAAAAAGGUGGAAGGAUACAAAGCACUCAUUAAUGCAUGCGCGUUGAGGACACAGGCCAUGGACAAGACUGGCGAGCGGAAGUAUUAUGAAGAUUUCAUGAAGGUGUGGGAUUCAGUUAAAAAGGGGGGCUAUAUAAAUGGUAUGCGAUUGGUCUGGGGAGAAGGAAUGGAGGAUCUUGGAAGAGGAUGGGAGAAGCUUUCCAAGGGGGAAGCCAGCCCUGACGAAGGAUUGGUAUUCUCGCUGGUUGAGAAUCCAACCGGCAAGCUCUGAGGUAGUUGUGCGUCGUCACCGCAAUACUUCUUCUGACUCAGGCCAUCUAGGCGCUUGGAAACAUUGACUGCAGAAAUGUAACGUAAUUCUGAGAUUUCUUUGGCAAUAAAUUUGAGCUGAGUCC